CUCACCAUGGCUACUAAGAGUUCAAUAGAGACACCGUCAGAGCUUCGACCAAGCAGCGGUGGCGAUAGAAACCAGAAAAUGGAGAACCUGGGGCUUGUUAUUGACAUUAACAAACAGACAGGUGUGUUAAGAAGACCAGAUCAUGCAAUGGAAAUACUUCAAAACUUGAAUGAUCUCAGACAAAGCAGUGAAUUUACCGAUAUUGUAAUCUGUGUUGAGCAAGACAUGUACCCCUGUCAUCGGGCUGUGUUGGCUGCAAGCUGUUUGUAUUUUAAAGCGAUGUUCAAAAAUGAUUUACGAGAGCGUCAUCAGGAUCAUGUAACUCUGACAUCAAUGAAAUCAAACAUUGUAAAACUUCUAAUUGACUACUCGUACACAUCAACGCUUACAGUGACGGUGGACAACGCGCAGGAUCUUUUAUCUGCAGCACAAUUUCUACAAUAUGAACCUGUUGUACAGGCAUGUUGUGAGUUUCUGAAAACUCAAAUCCACCCCUCAAACUGUUUAGGCAUUCAGUUUUUUGCUGACACCCAUAAUUGCCUGGACCUAGUGGAAGAGGCGAGAACGUGUGCACUCAUAAACUUAGUAGACGUGGUUAAGCAGGAAGAGUUCUUUGAUCUAUCAGUUGAACAACUGAUAAGCUAUGUUUCUAAUGAUGAGUUGAAUGUUAAAAGUGAAGAGAUGGUAUAUGUAGCUGUGAUGCAGUGGGUGAGGCAUGACGUUGACAAUCGUUGGUCAAAAUUACCUGUCAUUUUAGAGCAUGUUCGCUUACCACUUAUCAGCCCAGGAUUUCUGAUGAACCACAUUGAGAAUGACCCAUUGGUUGAACAUGAUAAAGACUGUAGAAAUUUAGUUGAGCGAGCUAAAACCAUUCAGAAACAGGUGUGGCAGGGUCAUGAUGUGAGGGAUCCAUCUUUGAGACCUCGGCCUUCAAUGAUGACUGAGGUAAUGGUUGUUGUUGGCGGUAUAGAUUCAGUUCGUCAUUGGCAGCGGGAUAUAACUUUCUAUAACCCAAUUGAGAAGAAGUGGGAUUCCUUACCUGAUAUUCCAUUUUCACAAACUGAUUACAGUGUCACAUCAUUGGAUGACAACAUUUACGUCACUGGGGGGUACCUGAAUGACGACGCAGUAGCUGAUGUCUGGUGCUUUGAACCAACUUCUAAUUUCUGGAUGUGUGUAACACCAAUGCAGAAUGCCAGGUUCAACCAUGGAUCAACAUCUACUAACGCAUGUAUUUAUGUCGUUGGAGGAGAGAAUGAUGAGGGUGAUUUACAGGACAUUGAGGGCUAUCACCCCUUUGAUGAUAAAUGGGAUAGUCUUGGUUCAAUUUAUCCUACUGAGAGUAACCUAGCCGUCACUGGGAUUAAGCGUAAUUUAUUCAUUGUUGGGUGGCUUACUUACGAAAAGACAUGUGCGAUACAGUGUUAUAACCUAGACACACAGGAUUGUUGGGUUACAAAUACUGUUGAACUCAAUCGCCAUUUAUUUCCGAUUGCCAGCUUGAACGGCCACGUGUACAUCCUUGGCGGAAACCGUAUUAAGGACACUCAAAUCUAUGACCCUGAAGGAGACCGUACUUGGCAAGUUGCAGAUAUGCUAUCCAAGCGUAACCAUCCUAGUGCCGCCGUCAUCGAUCGUAAGAUAUACGUUAGUGGAGGUGAACUGCGACACUACUCUGAUCGAGUAGAAAUGUAUGACUCCUCAUUGGAUAGCUGGACAGUAGUUGCGGCAAUGCCAAAGCCGCUUUGUUUCCAUGGCUUUGUCGGUAUUCGUAAAUAUAUUGGCCCACCAUAUAUAUAA